ACUGCAGACAUAGUACAGGAGAUGACCAGUAGAACCUGUGGACACAGUACAGGAGAUGACCAAGACUGCGGACACAGUACAGGAAUGACAGAGACUGCGAACACAGUAGAGGAGAUGAACAGAGACUGCGGACACAGUAGAGGAUAUGAAACAGUAGACUGCGGACAACAGUACAGGGGAUGACCAGAGACUGCGGACAUAGUAACAGGCGAUGACAGAGACAGCGGACACAGUACAGGAGAUGACCAGAGACUGCGGACAUAGUACAGGGAUGACCAGAGACUACGGACACAGUACAGGGAUGACCAGAGACUGCGGACAUAGUACAGGAGAUGACCAGAGACUAAACGGACA